AUGAUUUCAGGCCUGAUGGAGCCCUCUACCUCAACUUCUUUAGACCACACUCCCGACAAUGUGAUUUAUUCGAUAUUGCGCGAACUAGAACGGGCUGAUCUUCUCAAUUGCAAGUUGAUCUCACGCCGCUUCCAACGCUUCAUUAGUCGGAACGCUGCGUUUUUGGCACGGCCGUCUGUCAAUGAGUUAUUGUAAGUUGUGAUAGACUUUUUAAUACCUGAAUUUCUGUAUUGCAUCAAUUUUUGUUAACAAUCCAUCUAGAAACAAAAACAUGGUUCACCUUAAUAUCAUUAAAACUUUUAGUAUUCAAAUGAGAGAUGCCGAAAUAAAGUCAAAAAAGAAUGGCAAAGUCGAAAAGAGCUACAAAAGUCACUGCAUCCAGCUACGGAAAAGUCUGCACAAAAGUCGUCGAAGUCUGGACAUAAAAGCAAAAACUUUUAUUGACGGCCUAGAACGGACCCUCAAGUCGUAUACGAUAUCAAAUAGUAUCACAUUAGAUGGCAUUCAGAUCGAUGAUGACAUUAUCGACCAAUUCUUGAAGCCUACAACCGACUUGAAGCACGUUGACAGCGUAAGUUUCGUGUUAACGUGCUUCAAGAACGCUGAUUGGAUGUUGGGGAAGGUUUUGGAGAAGACCAGCUGUCGUUCCCUCAUCUUUGAGUUCUGCAGCAAUGUUCAGGAUGUUCUCACAGAUACGGUAAGUCUAAUCCUACAUUAAAAUCAGUUCAUUAAACAUUUAUCAUUCACAAAUAAAUUUUGUGGACUUUCUCGCGCAAAGUAGCUUGUCUUGCCUUUUCAAAACAACACCUAAUUCUCGAGAAUCUCGAGUUUUAUUACAGACCGAAGUGGGCGGCGAGAGCGUUUGAUCUCUAGGGUAAUAUCUUUUAUGACAUGUACAUCACAUAAAACUUGGGAAUAACUUGUUGAUUGGUCCCAGUUGCUCAAGUACUGUCAGAUGUCAUCAGACGCAAAAAAGAGAAUACUUUUAAAAAUUUUUUUAAAUUACAAAAUUUCAAAUUAUUUUAAAAAUUUAACUUUUAAAGAGCCUUAACAAUCUUUCGACAUCGUAUUUUAAAUAUUUCAGUUACUACGGGUAGCUCCAAACCUGGAAACGCUUUAUCUUCGAUUAGCAGAGCCAACAAGACUUACAAGCCUCACCAACUCAACUCUCGACCAUUGGAGCGACAACGAAAAAGUACCAAAAAUGAUAAAACUAGACAAUUCGUUUCCUAAGUUUACAAUCGACAGCAUCUUCAGACUCAUUCAAGUAAGACACCAUCCUAUAAAUUCUAUUUUUCAUGCUUGAAUCAUAAAAGGUUUACUAUCUUUAUCAAUCUUUACAUGCCUUUUAAGUGUUAAAAAACCAAAUAUCAAAUAUGUAAUCAGAAAUCUCUUUCAGAAGCUAAUAUCACAAAGCCAACAAUCUCCUACUACCGUCUCAAUCGACUGGUCGUUUGGUUGUAUUGAAGUAUCCCCAUCAGAUCUCCUUCCAUACCUACAACAAGCAACUACAAACCCAACAGGCUACAAAACCAGGUUACGGCCAUUACAACAAAAUUACUAUAGGAUAUUCGUGGAUAUAGACGCUAAAACGAGUACUACGACACCUUCGACGCCCUUGGCCGAGCUGGAAAGACUGGCCAAGUUCGGGUCAUCGACCAAAUUAGAAGAUACUUGUUCUAUCACAUUUGACGUUGUUAUAAAGCCGAGUACUUACUUGUAA